AUGAAGGCAUUCAAGCUUCUCCUCUUUAUAUUCCUGUCACUUUUAGAUCUUGGACAAGCAUCCAAGCUAGCUGCCCCUAGCGAGAUGCUCGCCAUGUACAACACAUAUGUUUUGGACUUUGUCAAAAACGGAGCAACACGUACUCUGGGACCGGGCCUUGGCAAUGAGGCUUUGGUAGACUUUGGGACCUUUGUUUCACACGUCUACGAGAGUGAAAACUAUCCUCGAACGGGGGUUUUCCUAAGCAAAACCCCACAAUACAGCCAGGAUACUUUGAGCCAAAUCCGUGGGUCUCUGGGGGAAGAAGACAACUACGGCACAACAUUGCUGCUGCGAGGCGGGGAACUCUUGCCCAAGUCGCAUAGGGUUAUGCUCGAGCAGCUCAGUGAUGUCGUUAAAUCAACCCGAGGUAGCACCGCGCCAGGCUUCUCAGACGCAUGGAAAGCCCAUCUCCCUGAGUUCAGGCGCGCUUUAGCAGGUACCCAAGGAGCGCGGCUAAGUGAGAUGUUCUCAGUCGGACUGAAGCCAAUGUUUGAAGAAAAAUAUAAGGGAGCGACUCUGAUGUCUUCCCCGAUUCCUGUACUUGACACAGACGUUUCAUACGAUCGCGCAAACUGGGGAUUGACUUUGACAGCCAAUGGUGGUGAAGUAUCUAAAGCCCAGGAGUACAAAACCUGGUAUGUUGGUCUUCAGACGAGCAAGGGAAAAGAUGUGAAGUCAUACCUAAGCCAUCAAAAGAUUACCAACACGAUUGGUCGGAGUUUGACUGAGUUAGACAGCUUGGAUAGCUGUGAUUAG